ACCACACAACACGACAAUGUCCUGGACCGGCGACGCGCUCGAGAUCAUCCAGUCCGCAGCGUCUCUCGGCCUCAGCUCCAGCACGGGCAGCGGCGGCGGCACCGGACUGGUGCUGACGAUCGCCGUCUUCGUGCUGUUGACAGCCAGCAUCACCGUUCAUUACACGUCGCCGGCACACUUGACGUUGACACUUGUGGCUGUGAUGCAUCAGGCCGAAGAUGCGUUUGACAGGCUGAUUGAGUUGGGUUUCGCGGUCGGCAGCGAGGAGCGGGCGCAACUUGCUGCGUGGGUUGUCCAUGGCCGAUGCGUCUCUUCAUGUGCUGAUGGCCCCAGCUUGCGCACCCGUGUCUCCGUGAUGCGGGAAGACACGCUUUCGGAUUCGCGCUCGGUUGGUCGGCGGCUGAGAGCGGUUGUGCUUCAGGGACGGUCGCUCACCCUCAUGCGAUGUAUCCGGGAUGUGAAGGACUUCAGGAUCCAUCUCGAGAUCUUGUGCGAACAACAGAAGCGCCGGAUCAGCGCUGUCCUCAACGAAAGUGCCAAGCUAGACGCAUGCAGAAGGCCGGACGAC